AUGACCAAGGCGCCUCAAGAUCUCAAAGAGGGCGAUGAAGUCUCCUGGAAGUGGGGCCAAGGACAUCCAAAGGGAGAGGUCAAGGAGGUUGUUGAAGGAGAGGCUACGGCCACUUCCAAGAGGGGCAACGAAAUCAAGAAGAAGGGAGAUGAGGAGAACCCUGCCGUGGUCAUCCACGUGAGUCGGUCUGUCUGA